AAGAGCAUCCCCACCGUUAGCUUGUUCGUAGAGAAGCCUUCUUCACCCGUCCCGAAGAGCCAGGAAAUUGAGAAGAUACCCAAUCCACCUAAAAUUAUUCAGCUCUCAGCUUACCUUUUUUUUACCAAUGGCGUCCCACCACUCCCUUAUUUAUACCCCUCACCCCUACCGUUUACCCCCCGACCCCUCUCUCUCACUACUACCCUCUUCCCCUGCCGCCUCUCGCUAUCGGCAAAACCUCAAUUUUCACUACAAAAAGAUUUCUAAUUCGAAUAAACGAAGGGGAAUUGUGGUGUGUUCAAUGGCGGCGGAGAACAAAGUGAUGAGUGGUAAUAGAAUGCUGGUGUUUGUUCCACCACAUCCUCUGAUAAAGCACUGGGUUUCGGUUCUUCGAAAUGAGCAGACGCCUAGCCCCAUUUUCAAGAAUGCCAUGUCUGAACUUGGUAGAUUGCUUAUGUAUGAAGCAUCAAGAGAUUGGCUGCCUAUCAUAACAGGAGAGAUCCAGUCACCAAUGGGUGUUGCAUCUGUGGAGUUUGUUGAUCCAAGGGAACCUGUUGCAAUUGUUCCUAUCUUGAGAGCUGGUCUGGCUCUUGCAGAGCAUGCAUCAUCAAUUCUUCCUGCAACAAAAACUUAUCAUCUGGGAAUUAGCAGAAAUGAAGAAACACUUCAGCCCUCUGUAUACUUGAACAAGUUGCCCGAUAAAUUUCCUGAAGGUUCUCGUGUGUUUGUUGUAGACCCAAUGCUGGCAACUGGUGGUACAAUAGUUGCAGCCAUCGACCUUAUAAAGGAGCGUGGGGUUGACAAUAGUCAGAUUAAAGUUAUAUGUGCAGUUGGUGCUCCUCCUGCUCUCCAAAAGCUCAGUGAGAAAUUUCCAGGAUUACACGUAUAUGCUGGAAUACUUGAUCCAACUGUUAACGACAAAGGGUUUAUUAUCCCCGGAUUAGGAGAUGCUGGAGACCGUAGCUUUGGCACAUAAAGUAAUGUUCCAUACCAUUACUUCGCCAUAUCAUUUUUUAGAAGUGAAAUACGCGUUGUGAUUUCGGGAGUUAGGCUUUGACCCCCCCUAUCUUGUUUAUCAUUGUUUCCCAAUUUUGGAACCUUGAGGUACCUAUAUGGAAAACACCUGCCAAAGUUAUUUUCUUGUGUCUUUCAAUUUUUUUGGCAGUACGACGUGUUGAAGAAUAUGUGAAGUAGAGUUCAGAAUAGCUUGAAAUAUAGGAUGCCAGGUUUCUGAGCCAAGGUUUUAGCAGUUUCAUCAUUUUUCUGCAGGAGUUUUGUGUCUAUGUAUUUUACGAUCAAUUAAUCGAUCAAAUUAAUCUCAGAGAUGCUUUGGAACGUGGUUAUUCGAUUGGAUAAUUUGGUGAUUCUCAGGGAGUAUUGAGAGUUCAGGAAAUGUGAACUUAUUUGAUUUUAUCAUAGAGUAGAUGUGCUCUUUGUUUA